AGGAGGCUGGGGUUGAGGUACCAGGACUUCUGGAGCUCCGCGCAGAGCCCCAGGAGCCCGUGCCCCGAGAGGGACGACACCGUGUGGCUUCUCUGGGGUGCCACGCUAUACCGUAUUCUCCUGCGCCCCCGGCGCCAGACUCUGGCUGCAGGGAGGAGAGUCUUCGUUUCCAGAAUAGUGCAACAGGCGAAUUGGGAGGAUAUACGGUCUUGAGAGAAAGCGAUGGUGCCUGGAGAUGAGAACACAGCCACAGCUAUUUGUGGCCUGAAUUUGAUUUUUUUGAAAGCCUCAUGGGACAUAACACCGUUGCUGGAUGCCUGGUAAAAUUAAGAGACCUGACUGCGUGAGAGGCACUCUGCGUGGGCACAGGAUGUCACCUGGAAUCAAGUAACUAAACGAGCUAGAUGAUCCUUAACUUUAAAUGGUAAAAAAAUUAGCGCUCUUCUGCACGUAAAGAUGCCUUUGCACUUCUGAUAAAUGCAAACUGACAGCUCCCAAGGCCAGGACAGAAGCAACAUCAUUGCUGCCAGAAGCCUGGAAGACUGUCCUUAGAAAAGGAAAGUCCCCAGUUGUCUGAAAUGCUGAAGAAGUUGCUGAGGAGGAGACUUUUUUCUUAUCCCGCUAAAUACUACUUCUUGUUUCUUGUUUUUUCUCUAGUCACUUACUCUGUUCUAAGAAUUUAUCAAAAGCCCGAGUUUGUGAGCAUCGAACAUUUGGAUCUGGUCGGAGAUAAUCCUAGUAGUAAUAUCAAUUGUACCAAGGUUUUACUGGGUGAUGUAGAUGAAGUUGAAAAGGUAAAGCUUGAGAUUUUAACUGUGAAGUUUAGAAAGCGCCCUCAGUGGACAACUUAUGACUAUAUAAACAUGACUAGUGAUUGUACUUCCUUCAUCAAGAGGCGCAAAUAUAUUGUAGAACCCCUUAGCAAAGAAGAAGCAGAGUUUCCAAUAGCAUAUUCCAUAGUGGUUCAUCACAAAAUCGAAAUGCUUGACAGGCUCCUGAGGGCCAUCUACAUGCCUCAGAAUUUCUAUUGCAUUCACGUGGACAAAAAAUCAGAGGAUUCCUUUUUGGCGGCAGUGAUCGGUAUUGCGUCCUGUUUCAGUAAUGUCUUCGUGGCCAGUCAGCUGGAGACCGUGGUGUAUGCGUCGUGGAGUAGGGUUCAGGCCGACCUCAACUGUAUGCAGGACCUCUACAAAAUGAGUACAGACUGGAAGUACUUGAUAAAUCUCUGUGGUAUGGAUUUUCCAAUUAAAACCAACCUGGAAAUUGUCAGGAAACUCAAGUCGUUAAUGGGAGAAAACAACCUAGAGACAGAGAAAAUGCCACCCCAUAAAAAAGAAAGGUGGAAAAAACAUUAUACGGUCGUUAAUGGAAAGCUGACAAAUACAGGGACUGACAAAACGCACCCUCCUCUGGAAACACCUCUGUUUUCGGGCAGUGCCUAUUUUGUGGUCAGUAGGAAGUAUGUGGAGUACGUGCUAGAGAAUGAACAAAUCCAAAAGUUUGUGGACUGGGCAAAAGACACAUACAGCCCAGAUGAGUAUCUCUGGGCCACCAUUCAGAGGAUCCCUGAAGUUCCAGGCUCACUGCCCUUAAGCCAUAAGUAUGACAUGUCUGACAUGCAGGCGAUUGCUAGGUUUGUCAUGUGGCAGUACUUUGAAGGCGACGUUUCCAAGGGCGCCCCCUAUCCACCCUGCAACGGCGUCCACGUGCGCUCCGUGUGUGUCUUUGGAGCAGGUGACUUGAACUGGAUACUGCGCAACCACCACUUGUUUGCCAAUAAGUUUGACGUGGACGUUGACCCCUUUGCCAUCCAGUGUUUAGAUGAACAUCUAAGGCAUAAAGCUCUGGAGACAUUAAAACACUGACCAUUCAUUGUCCGCAAUUUUAGAAAUAGUGAGAAUGCUGCCUGAGAUGUAUCCCAUCUGAGUCUUCUGCCCUGUUAAUAAACUUCAGAAACACUGUAGGGGGUGCUCUUUGGAGCGGGGCCUCCAGCUGUUCAUGUUAGAGAAGCUACGUGGUCUACGCAGAGCACAGUUGCUUAGAAAGCGUACAGCACUAAGUGCUGACUUAGAGUUAACGUGAGGCCAGGGCAGUUUGUAAGGCUUUACUGGGGAGAGGUGGCCCCGGAGGCCAGAUGCAAAAACCAGCCCGUUACAGAGCUCAGGGACUUAACAAAAUAAUAAGAUUCAACUUGUGCCAAAAUUACUUCGAGAGCUUUAAAUAUAACAGUUUUCUUGAUUUGAAUAAAUUUAUAGCAAAACCCAAUCAUAAUGAUAUAAUUUAUAUUGUAGGUUAUAUGGUUGAAUUAGAAAUCUGACUUUACUGUAAAUGAUUCUUGUGAAUACAGUUGACUUUCUGCUGCAACAUCGUGCUGUGUGUUGUAUCUGUGGGUCAUCUCAGGGAACUUGAAAAAAUGGGCUUGACCAAAUGUAAAUACUUCUGAUUAACUUGUUUCUACCAAUGUACACAUGUUUCUAAAAACAAAAAAUGGCAAUUUCUAGUUUUGUUGAUUCUGUGAAUCAUCUUAGAUGAUUAGAAAUACCUUAGGUUAUUAAAUAAGAUAUCUUUGUUUAUUAUUAAAGUUUCUACAGAAUAACACUCAAUUUUACAUAUAUUUGUCUCCCACCAUCUCCCCAGACCCUGUUAUCACACUGUAUAAAAACUGGUUUUAUAGUCCCCACACAACUUCCUCAGUUCUGUUAUAUGAUGUGAUUGACAGUAAUUUGUGUAGGGAACUAACAGAAAUGGUGAAGUGUGGGUAUGAAGUGGGGAGAAGAAGGAGUCAUAUUCAGACCCUACCUGAGGCCUGGGACAAGUGUUAAAAACCAGCAGUUGCCACCAUCUGCAGAAAUUAAGGCUGGUGCUCUUUGCCUGUGUCCAGCCUCCCAGCAUCUUGCAUCCUAGUGUGACUGGUGUCCAUUUCCAAGGAACUGGUUUCCCUUGACCUUGCUUCUUCAUGUUACCUACCCAAUGGUUGCUCCUUAGCCCUUGGGUUGUAAGUGUCCUUCUCUCUCAGAACCAACGAAGAAGGAAUAGGUGUUCUGUUGUUCUACAUACUGUGCUUCAAAGCCUGGGAAUCUGAAAGGAACCAUUAGGUCAGAGGCAGAUCAUUUUAGUAUUGGUAUUAUUCACAGCACAUGACUUUUACUGUGGUUUUUCACCAAAAGACAGAUGAUUUGAGGUUGCUGUUAUGCUUGCUCUUUGGCUAAGCUGAUACUUACUGUUCAGCUAAAGCUCUAACAGGAAAUGUGAAACUUUAUCAUUUAGCUAAGGCUUUAAACAAGAAUCAAAACCAGGUACUUUAUUUCUAAAGCAAAAGCCUCUUAAAUAGUGCAUGAGAAAUUCAUAACGUCAGACAGUGUCUAAGCCUUCAACUGAGAAAACAUUUUUAUUCCUCAAAGUUAGAAAACAUUUUUAUUUUAUGGAGAAGUAUGUUAUAUUGACCUCCAGAAUGAGUUUCAUGGUUUUCUGUAAAGCUGUAUCAUUUGUAAACAUGAAAGUCAGUGGGUUGCUGUGUUUUGCACGAUUUGAUACGGCAGCUUUGAAAACUCACGUGAGGACGUCAAUGAGGGAAUUACGUGAGUGUUCCGUCUCUUCCCUUCUAAUCCAGCUGGUUCUUUCAGUGCAUGUCAAAUGUCUCUUCGUUUCUCUAGUAGCAGAAGGGUUUUACCUUUGAGGCUUUUUAGGCCUUUUCUUUCUAACUGUGAAACCAGUGAUGUUCAGUAACACUCACUUUGUGUCUUAUAGUUGAGCUUCAUUCAUAAUGUCCUGUUUUAUGGAUGUUUUUCAUGUUUAUUUAAAAAAUUCACAAAUUAAUAGGAAAAUUAAAAGCAAUAGUACAGGGAACACCAUACAACCCUUGUCUGGAGUCCUGCUUUUUAACAUCAUGCCGCUUUUGCUUUAAAUAUUAUUUUUUAAAUUUAGCAAAAUUGAAAAUUAAAAAGCUUUUUAAAUUUACAAAUACCCAGUUAUCCUUUAUCUCAACAUUCUCAUUGUAGUAUGAUUGUAUCUGAUUUACAUUUAUUUAGGCAGGUUUUGAGGGCUUUUUCUCCACCCCAGACAUAAAAAUAGAACUUUUUGAGUCUGUUUCGCCAGCCCCACAAUGAAACUGUGGACUCACCAUCUUUUAUGUAUCUGUGGAACCUCAUCUUCCUAGAAUGGUACCUGUUGAAUUGUGUCUGAAUAUUACCCCACUGCUAGUGACUACUAAAGGCAUUACAUAGAAUUCGUUUAUUAGGACUCUUACUUUUAUACCUUUCAGGUUAACCUAAAAAAGCAAGUGAAAUAUAUACUCCCAGGACAAGCAAUUUGAAGAGUCAAAAAAAUUGGUUCCAAAAGGAAGCUCAUAUUACAUUCAGAAGGUGCAAAACAUAUGUACUUUGGGAAAGAUAAGGAAAUUAUUUAAAUAGUUUCAUGUGUAAGUUUUUAAACACUAUUUCUUCUUACUGUCAUUUAAGAUCUUUUGUAGGAAAUCAUUAGAAAUCAUGCACAAAUAAACCCUUAAACAUAUAUAAACUGCCAUUUUGUGUGAUGGAAGGAUUAUUCUAGUUAGUGAAGUACUGCAAAAAGAUUCAAUAUUACUUAUUAUGGACAAGUUAACAAAAAUGUUUCUUUUAUAGGCAAUUACCUAGGUUCUUCCCAAACCAUAGAAAACGGCCACUCAGCCAUGUGAAUGUGAAGCAUCAUUGGUCUCUAAAUAUGUAUUUGUGUCAUUUGUCGAGCAUAAUUCACUUAAAUGAAGUAACA